AUGGCUUUCACAUUGAGAAAAAACAUUCCAGCGUUUGCAUCCUCGAUUCCCGCAAUAUCAAGAGUGCCAGGCCAUCUAACGGUGCUGCCUUUACCAUCAUUAAACUCAAUACCAAGACAACUCAAACCGUAUACCAGUAGAAGAAGAUUGACAACAUCGUCUUCAAUACCGAUAGAACCAGCAUCAAAUGCGUCGAUUCCAUCAGAACCAUCAGCUAUAAAGAAGAAGAAGAUUAAGGAGGAUCCACUAGCACCAAUGAAACUAGGGCCUCGCUCAUCCACAACAGAAGAAGCUCUGUCCUUGAUAUCAUCACAGCCGUCUCACUAUGCCAUUCUAGAAAUCAAAGGCCGGCCAUAUCAUGUCCAUGUAGAUGAUGUGAUUGUCACUAUGAGGAUGAAUGAAGUUCGACUUGGUGAUGUGCUUGUGCUCGAUCGCGUACGAGAGAUUGGAUCUGCCGAGUAUCUAUUACGUGGUAAUCCAUAUGUACAUCCAGAUUAUCAUACUGUCAAGUUGGUAGUAGUGGAACAUCCGGUUGGUAAACCGAUAGUGAGGAAGCACUGGAAGAAACGUGGGCAGGACAAGAUUGUAGUCAAUACGACGUCUCAUACUGCUUUACGUGUCGCUGAAAUAUCCAUAAAAUCCUCUUAA